AUGAAUUUGGCCGAUAGCGCCCCAGUUACGAGCAAUUUGCUCGGCUCCGAAGCCGAUUCUCAAAGAACCUUGUAUCCAUAUGUUACGGGUACCUCAGUGGUUGGUAUCAAGUACAAAGAUGGCAUUCUCUUGGCUGCGGAUAUGGGAGGUUCAUAUGGGUCUACUCUUCGUUACAAAACUGUGGAGCGAUUGAAACCUGUAGGAAAGCACUCUAUUAUAGGUGCAAGUGGUGAGAUUAGCGAUUUUCAGGAGAUAAUGCGCUAUCUUGACGAGCUUAUCUUAUUUGAUAACAUGUGGGACGAUGGGAACUCUUUGGGCCCUAAGGAGGUCCAUAACUACCUGACCAGGGUGAUGUACAACCGUCGUAAUAAGUUCAACCCACUUUGGAACUCACUUGUGCUCGGUGGAAUAAAAAAUGGGCAGAAGUAUCUUGGGACGCUAUCAGUGCCUCGCUAUCUCGACCACCCUAGAGCAGCACCCCGGAACACACGCAGGCCCGCGAGCAAGGAGAGACACCCACGAAGCCAUCGCUGCUCCUCCAUAUUUCCUGGCGAGAGCACCUUCUAG